AUGAUGGAUGGAGAAAACCUCACUGUUUUGUCCGGCUUCAUCCUCUUGGGCUUCUCUGAUGCCCCAGAGCUACAAAUCGCUUUAUUCACAAUUUUCUUAUCCCUGUAUGUUUUCAUGGUGCUGGGGAACCUGAUGAUGAUCCUGCUAAUCAAUGCCACCCCCCAGCUCCACACCCCCAUGUAUUUCUUCCUGACUCACUUAUCUCUCAUAGAUUUUUGCCUUUCCUCCGCUAUCAUCCCAAAAGCACUGGAGACCUUCCUGCUGGGGAGAAGCCACAUCUCUUUUUUGGGUUGCUUCGCCCAGAUAUAUUUUUUCCUUGCUCUGAUCAUCUGCGAGUGCUUCCUCCUGGUGGUGAUGGCUUACGACCGAUACACGGCCGUGUGCAAGCCACUGCUUUACACCACCACCAUGUCCAGGGCGCGUUGCUAUGGCGUGAUGGUGCUGGUGUACGCCGCGGGCUUCCUCAGCUCCCUGGUGUACACCGUCCCAGCGGGGAGGUUGUCCUUCUGCCGAGCCAGGAGCAUCAACCACUUCUUCUGCGAGCUGCCCACCCUCCUGCAGCUCUCCUGCUCCGAUGCCCGCGCAAACGAGAUCUUGCAGUUUGCCACUGCUGGGCUUAUCAUCGUGGGCUCUGUCCUGAUGAUCCUGGUGUCCUACGCUUACAUCCUCUGCACCAUCCUGCACAUCCCUUUGGCCAGGAGGAGGCUUAAAGCUUUCUCUACCUGCAGCUCCCACCUGGCUGCCAUCACCAUCUUCUACGCGCCAGGGAUGCUCGCCUACCUCCAGCCUUGCAAGGCUUGCUGGCGGGAUCAGGCAAAGCUGGUUUCAAUGUGUUACACCGUCCUGACCCCCACCCUCAACCCCCUCGUCUACAGCCUGAGGAACAAAGAGGUGAAGGGGGCCCUGAGGAGGCUGUGGGUGCAAAAGCUGGUGCCGCACCUAUCCAGGUUUUGA